GCUGUCGUCCCAGUAUACUGUUUUACUGAGGCCCUUAAAUGCUCUUAAGAUAGUCCCCUGCUUAAUAUAAUCUACUUCUUACGGUUCCCCCCAUCUAUUGUUUAUAUCACACACACACACAACUUUCUUUCUCUCUCUCUCUCUCGUUUUCUCUUUCACUCACGGAUCCUCUCACAUUAUUUCUUUCUCACAAACUGUCAUCACUCCACUUCUUUCACUCUCACUCCUCUCUUAUUCACUCUACUUUCUCUCUCCCUCACACUCAUUAAACAUUUCCCCUCCCUCUCUCACUGAUACACUGUCUCUCUCUUUACUAUACACACACACAUACAAACAGAUGCUUCAUCCGUCGCCAGUUCAGAUCUUCCGCUGCCAUAAUGCCUCUCUCCUGGACUCGCACCAGGCUGGCAUCAACCCCUAUUUACGAUGAUUAUUACAAAUAAUUACUCUCCUCCACUAAUCUCCCGCCAACUACCUCCACUUUACAAUUAAUCCAUCCCAUUUAAAGUCCACUUAUUCAAUCAGACGUUCCUCUCUCGCUAAUUACAAGGAUUAUGAGGAAUCGACUGGAAAUAUUACGGAACAAGGAAAACUGCUGCCCCAGACUUUGGACAUUUUAAUGAUUGAAACAACAAAAAACCAACAAACCGGCUAACAAAACUAAUCUAUCAUUUAGUCGCAGACUAAGACAAGAUAAGCCAAACACCAUCAGUGGUACCAUCACCAGCUUCCUCAUCAUCAUCCUUCCUUCCUUCCUUCGUCUCGCCUUGGCAUUCUUCGUCUCAAUUCCAUCUUCGAUCUUUCUUUAUUUAUCCAUCCAUCUUCCUCCUGUUACCUCUCACAUUCCGUCUAGAGAUUGUUUUUAAUAUUUCGAUCAUUAUUAACCAUUUAUUAAACCAUCAUUAACAUCAUCUCUCCCUUCCGUCCUAUUUUUACUGUUGUCUCUUAAAGAACCUGGAAUUGGUUGGGGAAGAAAAUUCUUGCAAAAAAAGAAGAGAAGACGAAAUCAGGAAGAAAAAAAGAAAAAAAAAACAGGAAACCAAAAAUAUUGAAAUAUCGAUCAACCAAAGAUUGAUUUUGUUUUUAGUUUUUGCAUCUUAAAAAUAUUCCAACGUGAAAAUUUGGUCAAGCUUCACCUCUGGACAUUAUUGGAGAAAAGAUUAUUGUUAUUACUACUAUACCACCAGCGAUACACCUCGCUCUAUCCCUAUCUGUCAAUUCCCUCUCUCUCCAUAUAUAUAUAUCUAUAUAUAUACAUAUAUAUAUAUGCACUACACCAUGGCUAUAUUUGCCCAUCUCCACAGUUUCCCCAUAAUUCUACUGCUCUGCUGUGGUAUGGUCUUGUUUACGGACGGUCAUCGUGAUGGUCGAAAAUUUGGUGCUGAGGAAGAAGAUUCAGAUGAGGAUGGGGACCCUUCAACAACUGAUGGAUUGCUGCAAUUGAAAAUCGUCAAUGUCAAACAAAACUCUGCCCUGUUCAGUUGGUUUUCUACAAUUCCAUCCAGGUCGGGAUUAGUGAAAUGUGAAGUUGUGUCCACUCCAGAAAAUAAACAGGGGAAAGUGACAGAAAUAAUGAACAGCCUUCCCACUAACUGGACAGACCUCCAACUUACUGAACUGACCAAUUCAACACAAUAUACAGUCUUCAUCAUUUGUUCAGUCGAUACAGAUGUCUAUAAUUCAAACAGUAUUCAGUUUAUUACAGGGGUUCCACUGACGACCACAGUCAAACCAAAACCCAUAACUUCAACUCCAACUCCCCACACUGGUCCGUAUUUGGAAACAGCAAAUGAAAGUCAGGUUACUGAUGUGGUGCUAGGGGUUCUGUUUGCUGUAAUAGGGGCCGUCGUCAUUUCUACUAGUGCCUUUUAUUUGUGUAAGAAAUACCAAAGGAAUCAACGUAUACUUCGGUUUUAUAGUGUGAGGAGGAGAGAGAGUACCAAUAGUCUAUUCUGGUCGGCCUAGUGUAGGGGAUAGUGGUAGCGGUGUGAGGAGGAGGGAAGCUGCUGAAGUUGAUACAAAUCCUUUUGGCGUGAUAUAUGUUUACUUUGAUGAUUCCACAACCAAUUCCAAUAUUGGUUCAGAUUAAACAUUCUUCCCGUCUUGGCUCUACUGAUAUUUGUCCAUGUCCCAUCUAAAUAUCUCACACAUGCUGACUCCGUUUAGAAUUCCUUCUUUGCUCAUCUCAACCUGGCUCCCAGUCGUUCCGCUCCCCUACAUCCUGUACAGCAUGGCCUCUGGUCAAACUUGUCCACAGCCAACACACACUACACUACACAGCAAGGUGCUACAAUAUAUUUGCUCCGAUGAAACGUCCUAAAUGUAGCUACCGGGUAACUUCCAGCCGCCAGCUACUGUACAACCUUGUCUUUAAUGAAUGUCCUUGUACAUGUUCCACACAUCUAAAGAACAAUCAGUACAUCAUUGGUUUGGGUAAAUACCCCUUAUUAUUCUUACCUACCCCACAGCAACCAGUGACUCUAAAUAAUGUUGGUAUAAACCAUUCCACCUGACCUCCACUGCUGGUCAAGAGAACCACACUAAUGUGUUAACAUAGGUACACAUUAAUAUGUUAAUGCAAACACACUGUGAUAAUAGAAACACAGCCACAUUAAUGUGUUAACACAAACACUAAUUUAAUAACACACAGAGAAAAAGAACAAAAAAAAACAAUCCAAUAUUGACACAGACUUCAAAAUCAAUUCCUUCCAGGGUAAGUGGACAUUUGGAAACCACACAAAUCCAAUUUUCAUAAAUAUUUCCUUGAUGUUGUGAUGACAAUUGAGCAAUAGAAUUUGGUGGAGUUCCCCAAGCAAAUGGCGUUCAGUAUUUGGUUUUGAACACUUUCCUUCCUGUGUUCAAGUUCUUCCACACUCAUCUUUCCAGACUCGAGAUAUCAGUACCAGUUAUAUACUGGGGUACAGGAUGAUAGAUUUAUUUGGCUGUUCAGGCUACCUUGUCCUCCACUCCAAGUGUGUGAGGGUCAUGUACACAGUUUAGUAGAAAUUAAUGUUGUCUUCAGUUUUGGAACUUGGACUCCAGUGUUUACUUUCCUUCCUUUACAUUCCGAGUUCAAAUCCUGGCUGGAAAUGAUAGACAUCAGUUUGUUGGUAAAUGCGACCACUUAUUUAAUGAGCUGCAAAGCAAAGCUGAGUUGUUGGCCCAGUUGGUAACAUCCUUUGCAACAAUGGUUACAGAGAUGUCUCUCCUCAGUUAAAUGCACUGCAGAAUCAUGAUACUAGGCAUUGUGUAGACAUGCGUCUCUUCAGACCCUCAACAGCAAGACGUUUGUGUGAUUAGCAGGCGUAUGUUCUUUAAAUUGACAAAGAUUUAUUGCUUUGGUUCAUGUAUCCACAUGUAGCUAACAAAAUCAGCUCCAGAUCGACAAACUCAGUUACAAGUUGAAUAUUUGAAGAGAUUAUUGAUAACUAAAUGGUUUCUUGUUUUAGUGUUGCAUGUUUGAUGCAGUUCUCUUCAAAAUGCAUAGGAUAUACACACCUGUAUUACAUGUAGACAGGCAUUUAUUUUUUCCUUCACCAGGGUGAUAAUGGCCAAUACCUUUGAUGUGAUUGAUCACACAAACAUACACCUCCAUCAUCAGGAGUUUUGUUCACCCUGGUGAAUCUGGAAUGGGGUGGUGAUGGUAUCAGAGAAAACAACGAAAUACCUGUGCAAGAAUAGUGGAUCAGUAGACUCAUUAGAAUAUCAAACAAAAUGAAUUGCAAUAUUUAAGUUAACCUUUUAUCAUUCAGAGUUGAAACUCUGUUAAGGUCAAUUUUGCAUUUCGUCCUUUGAGGGUUGAGAAAAUGAAGUACAAGUCAAAUACUUGGAAUUGAUUAAAUUACACGUUACUUGUUCCUCCUCCUCCUCCUUUGGCUAUUAAUAGGGCAGUGAAAUGGCAGAGUAGUUGGUAGAACAUUGAAUGAAUUCUGUUGCUGUAUUUAUUCUAGCUUUCCAAGUUCAAUUCUCAUUGAUGCCAACUUUGUCUUUCAUCUUACCGAGGUCAGUAAACUAAAAAGUAGUCUAGGGUGGCAAACUGGCAGAAUCGUUAGAACACCAGACUGGAUAUUUUGUGUUCUAAGUUCAAAUCCUGGUAAGAGAUAGACUUAAUCCAUCACCCAGGGUAACACCACACUAGCUGUUACCUCAGGCACCUUUAGUCCACUCUGUUAUACCUAUUUGAGUCAAGUCUUCAGUUUUGAGGGCACCCCUCCUCCUAAGUGAAAGAACAUGUCCCAGUCUAAGCACCAUAAUUGCAUUUUCUUUCAUAACAUCAACAUUCUAAGUUCAAUCCAGUCCAGGAUUAUUUAUUUUCUAUUAAAGGUGGAUCCUCUGAGGAGGGGCUGGAGUGGUGGUGCUAAACAAUCCAGCCAGUCAUUAAUUAGCCCCAGGUCAGCUCUGAUUCAGUUAAUGUGUGAUCAGAGACAUUCCAAGCAUGACCAUCCAGUCUUGUUUCUAUGUUCAGAGUAUCCUUCUGUGUGCUACGAGGGAGAUUUGACUGCUCUUUUAUAAGAAGUCGGAAGGGAUCCCCUGUUGCCUUCCAAAGACAUUACUUGGUAUAGGGUGGGGUUGUUAAGUUUCUCUCCUUUUCUCCACAAGGAUGUGCUUGUUUAGCCCCUAGUAAGUCCUUAUUCAGCAGACCUUGCCAUCAAAGGCAAUCCAACCAUGACUAUUUGUUUUCUUUUCUAUUUAGGAACUAUGUUAUCUAAUUUUACUCUCUACGUCAACAGACUAUGAUCUAAGGAAAGUUUAGCUGCUGUUUCUAUCGGGCCAAACUGACAUGAAGAAGCUUCCCUUGGCAGUGGAAUACUGGAAGGAGCUUCGUUCCAAUAAACUUUUGGCUUUUAUAACCACAUCAACAUUUUAGGUUCAAAGUUUAAGUUUUCAGCAAUAUUAGUCUUUCUCUCAAUUAAAAAAGACCAGCCACAGAUUAAAUUAAUUAAUUACUGCUCUUAGUGUUGUGUUAGCAAUCAUUAUUGGUUGUGAAAACAAAUGUCAAUAAGUAGCUGGGUUGUGUGUAGGGGGGGGUCAGAAAUAUAACAAAUAACAUUAAGACCAAUAACAACAACCACAAAAAUAAAUAUAAAAAAGAAUAAUCUAUCUCAUGUUUGGAGGAAAGAAUUAUCUUCUCUUCCCCUUCGUCUACUGUCACCAUCACCACCAUCAUCAUCAUCAUCAAUACCUCAACUAAUGCCAUCCAAAUAUCUUAUUCUUUCUCUCUCCAUGGCUAAACUGUUUUUUUUUUUGUCAUAAACUACAUUUCAAAGAUGACAAAAUAUUGCUUGUCUUAAUUUAAAGAAAAAUUUGAAAUUUCCUAAUUGCAAAAAAAGAAAAGAAAAAAAAACAAAAAGAACCAUACGUCUUUCGUGUUUCUGUGUUCUCUGCUAUUAUUGCAUUAAUCCAUUCCUUCAGUUGUCUUGAAAUAUCUCAUUCCUGCAUAAAAAUGACAAAAACAGGGAUAAUCUUUUAAUCCUUUUUAUGAAUAUUCAGGCUACACAGAGGGGCAACAUGCUGAAUUCCAUGUUUUCUCUGUAGUGUUUAGCAGGAUAUUGGAAAGGAAAACUAAGCUUUGCUAAUCAAUUCUCUUAUCUCCUGGAUGGAAUGACAACCAACCAGAAGUGACUUUCCCUUAUGGGUGAAAAUGGAAGUUGAAUGCAAAACAAGAAACCAGAGGAAACACUUGUCAAGCUUUUCAUUUUAAUUUUUCAGUGGGUUUCUGUAAGUAGUUGAAGCCCCUGUGUAAUUACUGCUAUAAACCAACGGUUCACAAAUGGUGUGCCAUGGAGUUUUAAGAUUAAAAUUUGAAUCUUUAGAAAGUCCAUUCUAAUGCUUGAAUGUCUUGAAAAAUGUGUUCUUCAGAAUUUGGUUAGAGACAAAAAUUAAUAAAACAAUGUAAACAAAAAUUGGUUUUAUUCAAAA